AUGGAUGAGCACAGUUUACGUAUCUAUUGUGCACUUGAACAUAUCAAACAAGCUCUUCUACAAGCACAUGAUGUUGUUGCACACGAAGUUUAUGCUGAUGAGACUGGACAUGUCGCAUCACCUUACCUUGGGAAGAAUACAUCUGCACUCGAGCCUGCGAUUGAGAAUGACUAUGCCGGCCAGAAUGGUAGAAGACAGAAUGAUGAAGAUGGAGACGGAAUUGGUGAUGCAGCGUGUGAUGUAACACGUGUUCGACUUGUUCAGUUUCAACGCAACACAGAUGAACCAUUGGGUAUAACACUUCGUAUGACUGAAAAUAAACGAUGUAUCGUGUCACGUAUACUCAAUGGUGGUAUGAUCCAUAGACAAGGUACAUUACAUGUCGGUGAUGAAAUCAAAGAAAUCAAUGGACAAACUGUUUCCAAUCAUCCAAUACAAUAUCUACAACAAAUGCUGCGAGAUGCUCGUGGUAGUAUCACGUUUAAAAUCGUACCCAGUUAUCGAAGUCAACCACCACCUUGUGAUAUCUAUGUCAAAACAUUAUUUAGUUAUGAUCCUAAAGACGAUGAGUUGAUACCGAGUGCACAAGCUGGUAUCAAGUUUAGCAUUGGAGAUAUUCUACAAGUGAUCUCGAAAGACGAUCAUAAUUGGUGGCAAGCGAAAAAGAUCACAUCACAGCAGAGUACAAACGAACAAGCAAUCAAUCAUUAUCAUGGUGACUUCAACAAUUCACCUGCUGGUUUGAUUCCAUCGCCUGAAUUACAAGAAUGGAGAAUAGCUACGAAUGCAAUUGAAAAAGCGAAAGAUGGAAGUGCUAACUGUGGUGUGUUCAGUCGAAAACGUAAAGUCAUGAAAGACAAAUAUUUAGCUAAACAUAAUGCUGUGUUUGAUCAACUUGAUUUGGUCACGUACGAAGAAGUAAUUCGAUUACCUGAAUUUCGUCGAAAGACACUUGUUCUACUUGGUGCACACGGUGUUGGUCGUCGACAUAUCAAAAAUACAUUAAUUACUAGUCAACCUAAGCAAUUCGCCUAUCCGAUUCCUCAUACAACACGAUUGCCGAAGAAAGAAGAAGAAAAUGGAAAGAAUUAUUAUUUUGUUACUCACGAGGAAAUGAUGCGUGAUAUUGCUAAUAAUGAGUAUUUAGAAUAUGGCACACAUGAAGAUGCCAUGUAUGGAACUAAACUUGAAACGAUACGAAAUAUCAAUCGACAGGGUCUUAUGGCCAUUCUCGAUGUCGAACCACAGGCAUUGAAAGUUCUGCGAACAGCCGAAUUCGCUCCCUAUGUUGUUUUUAUUGCAGCACCUGAUCUCUCGCAAAUUAAAGGCGUUAAUGAUGAUAGUUUAGAAAGAUUAAUCAAAGAGAGUGAACUCCUUCAACAAGCUUACGGACAUUAUUUUGAUUAUGUUAUUGUUAACAAUGAUAUUGAAGAAACAAUUCGCACGUUACAACAUGCGAUAGAACGAGUUAGCGUUCAACCUCAAUGGGUACCUGUUAGUUGGGUGUAUUGA